ACAUCCUAUCGCUGGGUGAAAACAGACGAACAACAAUCUAUGCGCACACGGCAUCCCAGUGAGGCAGAAACAUGACACUUUUUGUCUUUUAUGCACUUUUGUCUUGUGUUAAAUGUUACAUGAAUGACGAGUAACAUCAGUGCAUGUAGAAAUAGGAUCACAGACUACAGCAAAAUUCUGCAAUACCAUGAGACCGCAAAUGUCGAGGGACAUCUUGAUACAGAAAACCAGGAAAUAAAUUGCUGGUUGGGCUUCCUUGCAUCAUACUUAUGUACAACAAAACACAAACAUGGAGAAACGACAAUAGAAUGCAGGUUUCUAACAUGUAUUAUAAAAGGGCAUAUUAUUGCCCCCCAAAAAAGUGUGACGUGAAUUAAUUAGAUUUAUUAUGAUUUAUACUUGGUAUGUUAAUCAUUGUCUAUCCCUUCUCGUGUAACUGCCGCAAUUUCAGCAUGUGAGGACUUUUUGUCUCCCGCCAGAGAGCAGAUUUGCGUUUUAUGACGCCACCCUAUCCAGAGAAUAGGAGAUCAAGUUAGUUGCGAGACAAGCAAGGCUAUUAUGUAAUACACCACAAUAUUACGGGCUCACGUCAGUGGAUUCCCCGAUGGUACAUGAGAUAUGCUUGUGUUUUGCGUCUGUGCAGUACCGUACGCCUCCUGAACACCGUGUACUUCGUCUGCCUCACAUUGGGUUGCAGUCACGUUUUUCAGCUGCUGGCCAAGCUGGCCAAUCAGGAGGUCGGAACGCGACGGUGUGGGCGGGGAUGUUGCUGACGUCAGUAAAACUCCAGACAAGCUGCGUCCUCUUUUUCUAAAUAUGGCAACGUCUCCGGCACUUAUUUCCUGUUUGGCGUCGUUCUCACAGUCUUGUAGCGAUAGAAUACAACCACGCAAACACAUGUAGAUGUUUUAUUCCAUUGGAGGGACAUUAAAUGAUAGUUUAUGGCGUCUGUCUGAGGUUGGUGCCACCUUGCUUCGCAUGUGACUGACAGGCGGAAGGAGGAGCCACCCUGUCUCGUGUACUGUACCGUGGAAAGCCGCGAGUGGUGCCCACCAGCCACAGUCCACAGACCAAGAGAGCAUCCACCCGAAGAGCAAGCUACCUCUACGGGAUACACUACACUUUCCACCCUCCUCCUGCUCGUGUCCUUACUCUCACCGUCGUUAGACCAAAGCAGGGAAGCAACACCGUGGUCAAGUGGUUCCUGACUUCACCUUCUGACGUUGGAUUUUCGAAUUUGGAUUCCAGCCUACCUGUGUGCAGUUUGCAUGUUCUCCCCGUGCCUGUGUGGGUUUUCUGCAGUUGCUGGUAGGCCAUCUUGUCCAUAGCAACCGGAAAGCGAGGAGAUGAGUGCCAAGCGGAAGGCGGAAAGCGACUCACGGGCCGCCAACAGGCUGCACAUCAUGAAGUCUCACAACAAUUCCCGAGCCGACUCGGAAAGGGACUCCGGAUUCUCAGAUGCGAGCUCGGAGCACACGAGCACCGUGGACAACACCGACUCUGAGGACUCGCCGCGGCCUUCCGUGCAGCAGGGCGCCCAGAGUUCUACUUCUGGGCAGCUGGCUGUGGUAGGGGGGUCCUACUCCAGUAUGUCCCCCAUGAUCAUCAUGAACAAUAUGCUCCUAAAACAGCCUCGAGACAACCCCCCUGCCAUGAAGCCCUGGAGCUUCAGUCCCGCCAUGGAGGUGGUUCAGCCUGUGGUCCAGCCGACUCAGGUGGUCUUCCUGCAGCCCGUUGUCUCCCGCCAAUCUUCCAAGGAGGCUUCUCGACACAGGCGCCCCAAGAAUUAUCUUCCCAUUCUCAAGUCCUACCCUAAGAUUGCGCCGCAUCCUGGCGACAAUUCCUCCUUGGGUAGGGGAACCGCCUCUUCCUCCCCCUCUUUGUCGUCUUCUUUAUCUACUUCCUCGGCAUCGGGGUCUCAGCGGGAUCACGGUCCAAAAGAGAAACUGCAGAAGAGCCAGAGCGAGACCUCGUUUCUCUCCGGAACCCCCAACAACACGCAACCGCCGCAGACACAGCUCCUUCAAAUCGCCAGCGAGGCCCCUUCGCCGGCUGUCAGCCAAUCAGAAUCAUCCCCAUCUUUCUCCUCCCUCCCUCCCAGCUGCGCGAGCAGUCCGACGCCUCUGGACAGUGCCUCGUCGGCCGAACACAAGUGGGACAAUGACGACAUGAGGCGGAAGCGGUUUUGCAACACGUACAACAUCCUGAGCAAAUCGGGCCUCCUGGACAUCACGCUGCGCACCAAGGAGCUCCUGCGCCAGAACCGCCGCACGCAGUCGGACUUGGAGCGCCUCAGGGAGCACACUGAUCUCUUCCUGCAGGCGCUGCGCAGCGGCGACACCGGCAUCUGCGUCAAGCUGCACGCCAGCCUUCAUGAGGAGGAAAAGGAGGACAAGAAGCGGGCGUCACUCACUAGCUUAAAGGACGAUUAGGCCACCGGCUGGGAAGUGCAUGGCCAGGGCUUAUUUGGGGGUGGUGGUGGGGGGUUGGCAGACAGACAGAUGGAUGGAGCGAGAGUAAUUUUGCCCACAUUAGACAUCCACCCCAACCCUCGCUUGCACAGUUUGGCCUACAUUUUUGGCUGCCAGCUGCCCCCAGGCCCAGACGCAAUGAGAUAUUUUGUUGGCCCAACAUCCACCGCACUCUUGUUAAAGUCACACUUACAUUACUCCCACAAAUACCAAACGGACAUUUACUGUAAGACAUGUCACAUAUUAAUAGAAAAUCCAGCCGUUCCUUUUGUAUCACUUGGACUGAUGCAUAAGAAACCCGUAACCAUUUAGUCACAAAUACCAAGAUGCCAUCCAUCGGUGCCAAAGCAAUACUGUCCUAUGGCCUAAACACAAGAAUACCGCCAUGAUGUGCUGGUUCGCUGUACUUUGAAAGAGUCAACAAAUAAAAAAGGUGGCGGUUAACAACGAUUUCAAGCCCUGAAUCCUCUCGCCGUGAGGCGCAUAUACUAACCACAAAUUCACUUUGGCAAGACGUGAUGGGGUGUGUGAUGGCCGCCACACCUUACUUGCUGACUUUUGAUUGGCCGAGAUGUUGGCAGGCGGCCUUCGGUUACUGAUCAUGUGACCGUCAAGCAGUUGGCCAGCGUACCUCAAGUGUCUUUUAAUUUCACACUUCAUGCAAGGGACGAUGGCAACGACCACCUGUCAAUCCCGCCUUCCUGUUAGUGAAGCCGGGUGCUUCAUGUUGUGCCAUCUUUGAUGUAGACCUUUUGGGGCGGUGGGCCUGCGUGUCGGCAUCACUAUUGAUCUGGCAAUGUUUGAAAAUGUUCAAAGUGGAAAACGACAUUUAUGAUUGUGGUGCAUUUGAGCACUUUGCAUCAUCCUGUGCAGACUAAAAUAUGGCAGCUAAUUCUAAUCAUCAUAUGCCCCUGAACCACUAUGAAUAUCUUGUUCCCUCUGUAUUAAGUACCCCCAAAAAAUACUUGAAAUGGUUCAUGAAAAUGAGGGAUUGUGUACUGUAUAUUUUCCAGUGUGACUGAGGAUGUCUAAUGUGAGAUGUUUGGGUUCCACCAACAUAUAAUUACGCUUAAUCUCAUUGGUGGAUCUUGAACUGUUGUACUCAAGUCUUCUUAAUGGUGUUAGACCACGUUAAGCCGCUUGUAAUUGUGCUUUGUAGUCCUAUCUGUCUGUCCAGUUUUAGUUUCUGCUUUUGUAAUUGUCUCUCGACAUACUUUCGGCCACCUGUCGCCAAUGUUUCUCAAAAACAUACGCUCGUAAUGUUACCCUUUGCUUUGUGAUCCUGUGGCUGAUAAUUGAAGCAUUUGUUUGACAGAAAACUAAAAGAAAGUGGUUUUAAGCUGCCAGGUGUGCAUUAUCGGCUCCUUAUCAAGUGAGGGAAUGAGGAUGAGUGUGAGUGUAUGUUGCUGUGAGAGUAGGUGAGUAAAUUUGUGAGAGAGUGAGCGUGAGUCAAUGUGAGAAAAGGGUAUGUGUGCAUAAGUGGAUUGAUUGUGUGCGUGUGCGGUGUUCAGUCCCGCAGCUUCAUAGAUCAUGCAAGUCUAGCUUUUGGUUUGACUGGUCAGCACGUCGGCCUUGCAGUGCAGAGGUGCAGGGUUCGAUCCAGGCUCUGGCUAUGGCCUUCCUGUAUGGAGUUUGCAUGUUCUCUCUGUGCUCGCUCGCUCGCUCUUUCUCUAUAUAAAUCUGAGUAGGACCUGUCAUCAUACACAAUUAUUUCUGCUUAAAAUUGGUCAAUAUCUGAUGAUUAAAUCAGCAUGAGUAGAAUAGAAUAGAUUUUUUUAAGGUCUUUUUUUAUUUGUGUCUAAAAGAUUGUGUCUCAUUUUUGUAUUUUCCAUCUCAUUUCUUGUGUAAUAAAUGCUUUCAGUCCAAAGGCAAA